GGCUCACUCGCGGCUCCCUCGCGGCUCCGGCGGGUGCUGCAGCCGUCGCAGCUGUUGGUGGGUACCGGUCGGGAGACGCCGCCGCUGUCAACGGGGCUCCGCUGCGGCCGGCCGGGCGGGGAACCAUGCCCACCCUCAGUGAAAAUGUCCUGUUUGGAAUGGGAAAUCCUUUGCUUGAUAUCUGUGCAGUUGUGGACAAGGACUUCCUUGACAAGUAUGGGCUGAAGCCAAAUGACCAAAUCUUGGCAGAGGACAAGCACAAAGAACUAUUUGAAGAACUUGUGAAAAAGUUCAAAGUCGAAUAUCAUGCUGGGGGUUCUACUCAAAAUUCCGUAAAAGUGGCCCAGUGGAUGAUUCAGACCCCUUACAAAGCUGCAACUUUCUUUGGGUGCAUUGGCAAAGAUAAAUUUGGAGAGAUCUUAAAGAAGAAGGCUGAGGAAGCUCAUGUGGAUGCCCAUUACUAUGAGCAGAGUGAAGAGCCAACAGGAACCUGUGCUGCCUGCAUCACUAGUGAUAACAGGUCUCUCGUAGCUAACCUCGCUGCUGCUAAUUGCUAUAAGAAGGAAAAGCAUCUUGAUUUGGAGAAGAACUGGAAGUUGGUGGAAAAGGCCAAAGUUUAUUACAUAGCAGGAUUCUUCCUGACGGUGUCACCAGAAGCAGUAUUAAAAGUGGCUGCUCAGGCUUCUGCAAACAACAAGAUAUUCAGCUUGAAUCUUUCUGCACCAUUUAUUAGCCAGUUCUAUAAAGAGCCUAUGAUGAAAGUCAUGCCUUAUGUCGACGUCCUGUUUGGAAAUGAGACGGAAGCUGCCACUUUUGCUAGAGAGCAAGGCUUUGAGACUGAUGACAUUAAAGAGAUAGCCCGGAAGACACAAGCCCUGCCAAAGGCAAACCCUAAAAGGCAACGAAUCGUAGUCUUUACCCAGGGGAAGGAUGACACUGUAAUGGCUACAGAAAACGAAGUGACUACUUUCCCUGUGUUGGUGAGUGAUCAGAGUGAAAUUGUGGAUACCAAUGGAGCUGGAGAUGCAUUUGUUGGAGGCUUUCUCUCACAGCUCGUCUAUGACCGACCAAUGACCGAGUGCAUCCGGGCUGGACAUUACGCAGCCAGUGUAAUUAUCAAGCGUUCAGGUUGCACCUUCCCAGAGAAGCCUGAUUUCCACUGAUACUGGUGAACUGGAGGGAUCAAGAGUAACACCCAUGUUGCCAUGGGAUUGCUGCCUAAAAUUUUCCUCCUUCCCUUUCCUCACCUUUCCAAUUACCUGCAUCAACGCUUCUGUACUUCUGUUCAUUGUAUUCUAAACAAAAUAUAUAUUUCUAUGGUGUUUUUCUCAGUAGUCUUAACUUCUAAAAGCAGUGCUAAGUGAAGCUUAUUCUCUCAUCCAUCAGAAAAAAAAUCCUGUUUACACAGUUUAUAAGGAAGUCCCAUGUAAAUGACACUGCUGAUUAACAACUUUAAAAUACUUCUAAUUACCUAGUUUAUAUCCAGCUGUGGCCAACUCCUACUCAACUUAUGUGACAUCAACAGACCUGACUUUAUUUGUCACUUAACAUUAUAAACCAGGAAUUGUUCUUUGUAGUGGAGUCACGCUAGUGUAAAGAGCAGUGUAAAUAUCCCAAGAAUUUCCGUAUGUAUUUUGAGUGUACAAGAUCUGGCCCUCAGAUCCAGCCCAGCUUCCAUAAAAGUGAACAGCUAUUUUGUCAUUUAAGGACCCGAUCUAAAGCUGAUGUCAUGUAUUCAGUCAUCCUGCACCGAUGUCAGUAGCUUUGGGUCUGGCAACUCUAUGUAGAGCCACGUUCAUCUGUCAGGUGAGCCAGCAGACAGGUACUUUCUGUGUUUUCAGAGCAGAUGCAUGAGUUGAUGAUGAACAAAAACAAACAGGUAGAGUCUGUCUCCUCUAUGUGAGCUUUCUAGAGGCUGUGUUUAACUAAGGUACACAUAGUGAAAAUGAGGUACAGAAAUAUUUAUGCAGGAUAUAUUGACAGGAUAUGCCAAACAGAAUCUCUGAAACGCACAUUUUUAAACUUCUAAUUUACUUUGAAUAGUUAAGCAAUAUGGCAGAUUUUGUUUCUAUUUACAGUAUUCAAAGAGGUGAUCUGACACUGCAUUCAUUACUUUGCUAUGUAAUUUGAUACUGAUAAAUAAAAAAUUGUCAUACAGUAA